AUGGGCCGCUACCGCAUCGGCGUGGCCACCGGCGCCUGGCUCUUCUCCGGGUCGCACAACCGCGUGCAGCUGUGGCUGGUCGGGGCGCGCGGGGAGGCGCGGCUGGAGCUGCGGCUGCGGCCGGUGCGGGGCCAGGAGGAGGAGUUCGAGCGGGACGUCCCCAAGGACCUGGGGCCCCUGCAGUUCGUGAAGCUGCGCAAACACCACUCGCUGGUGGACGACGCUUGGUUCUGCGACUGCAUCACCGUGCGCGGCCCCGGAGCCUGCGAGGAGGCCACCUUCUUCCCCUGCUACCGCUGGGUGCAAGGCCAGGACGUGCUGAGCCUGCCCGAGGGCACCGCGCGCCUGGCAGGAGAGAAUGCCUCGGACGUGUUCCAGAAGCAUCGGGAGAAAGAGCUGAAGGAGAGACGAAGACUGUACUGCUGGGCCACCUGGAAGGAAGGGUUACCCCGGACGAUAGCGGCAGAACGCCAGGACGAUCUGCCUCCAAACUCGAGGUUCCAUGAGGAAAAGAGGCUGGACUUCGAGUGGGCGCUGAAGGCAGGGGCUCUGGAGACGGUCCUCAAGCGCGUUUACACCCUCCUGAGCUCCUGGAGCCGCCUGGAGGAUUUUGACCAGAUCUUCUGGGGCCAGAAGAGCGACCUGGCUGAGAGGGUUCACCACUGCUGGCGGGACGAUGAACUUUUCGGCUACCAGUUCCUCAAUGGCGCCAACCCCAUGGUGCUGAGACGCUCCGCCUCCCUGCCCUCCCGGCUGGUGCUGCCCUCGGGGACCGAGGCACUGGGGGCCCAGCUGGAGAGAGAACUCCAGAGCGGUUCCCUGUUUGAGGCUGACUUCAGCCUGCUGGACGGAAUCCCGGCCAACGUGAUCCGAGGAGAGAAGCAGUACCUGGCCGCCCCCCUCGUCAUGCUCCAGAUGCGGCCCGAGGGGAAGCUGCUGCCCGUGGUCAUCCAGAUCCAGCCCCCCAGCCCCAGCUGCCCCGCGCCCCCGCUGUUCCUGCCCUCGGAUCCCCCGCUCGCCUGGCUCCUGGCGAAGAUCUGGGUCCGCAAUUCCGAUUUCCAACUGCACCAGCUCCAGUAUCAUCUGCUCAACACCCACCUGGUGGCCGAGGUCAUCGCCGUGGCCACCAUGAGGUGCCUCCCAGGGCUGCACCCCGUCUUCAAGCUCCUGAUCCCGCACAUCCGCUAUACCUUGGAAAUCAACACCCGGGCCAGAUCCCAGCUCAUCUCGGAAGGAGGAAUAUUUGAUAAGGCGGUGAGCACUGGCGGAGGGGGCCACGUGCAUUUGCUCCGUCGGGCCAUGGCCCAGCUGACCUACAGCUCCCUCUGUCCUCCUGACGACCUGGCCGCGCGGGGCCUGCUGGGAAUCCCAAGCGCCCUCUACGCCCACGACGCCCUACGGCUCUGGGAGAUCAUUGCCCGCGUUUGGAAAGAGCUAGGGAACGUCCCCCAAGACAACGCCGGUAAGACCUGUCCCCACAAACAGUACGUGCAGGGCAUCGUCCGCCUUUUCUACCACAGGGACGACGUCGUGAGAGGGGACCCUGAGCUGCAGGCCUGGUGCCGGGAGAUCACCGAGGUGGGGCUGUGCCAGGCCCAGGACCGAGGUUUCCCUGCCUCCUUCCAGUCCCAGAGUCAGCUCUGUCGUUUCCUCACCAUGUGCGUCUUCACUUGCACUGCCCAGCACGGGGCCAUCAACCAGGGCCAGCUGGACUGGUACGCCUGGGUCCCUAACGCCCCGUGCACCAUGCGGAUGCCCCCACCCACGACCAAGGAAGACGUGAAAAUGGCCACAGUGAUGGGCUCGCUACCUGACAUCCGACAGGCCUGUCUUCAAAUGACCAUCACGUGGCACCUGGGUCGCCGCCAGCCAGACAUGGUACCUCUGGGGCACCACAAAGAGAAGUAUUUCUCAAGCCCCAAGGCCAAGGCUGUAUUAAGCCAAUUCCAAACAGAUCUGGAAAACUUAGAAAGAGAGAUCACAGCCCGGAAUGCACAAGUGGACCUGCCCUACGACUACCUGAGGCCCAGCCGCAUAGAGAACAGUGUUACCAUCUGAGCUCUAGGGCGCCCCCGCCUGGAGGCCUUCAGACCCACGCUAGUGCUGAUGCUUCAUCUUGAAUUUCCAGGAGUCCAGUCUCUGCUGCUAAAGCUCUACUCUCUCCCCCUAACUAAAGCCCCCACGUCAGUAUCCCACCAGUCCGGGGGUGGGGGGGGGGGCUGCAAACCUUUUCUGUAAAGGGCCAGCAAUAAAUGUCUCAGGCUUUGCA